UCAAAAAUUUAGAUUAAGCACAUUUACGACUUUUUACCUUAAUGGCUGCUUUGGUGAAGGAUGAAACUGGAUGGUUAUGGAAGCCAUGUAGUAGAAAAGCUGCUAUUAUUUUACCAAUUAUUAUUUUACUUGUUGCUUUAGGAGUUCAUAGAAUCAAGAAUUAUAAAUAUGGAACAAUUCAAUCGAAAACUAUCGAAUUAGAUAAAAGUAUAAUUCCUGAUUGCAUUCCUCCAUCAAUAAAUGAAUUUCCAAGAGACAUAUUUACUCAGGAAGAGCGUCAAAAUGGAUGGAUUGUCGUACAUUUUUUUAUUAUGGCCUAUUUAUGUGCCACAUUGGCAAUUGUAUGCGAUCAAUAUUUUGUACCUUCGCUAGAAAAGAUAUCCGAAUGCUUGAGAAUUCCAACUGACGUUGCGGGAGCGACAUUUAUGGCUAUAGGAACAUCAUCGCCAGAACUCUAUUCUGCUCUAAUAGGUUCUUUUAUAACUGAAGGUGAUAUUGGAAUUGGAACUGUUGUUGGUUCUGCUGUUUUUAAUAUUCUUGGAGUAACGAGUGUUACUGGAUUGAUUCUUUGGAGAACUGAAGCUACUGUUGAUUGGUAUCCUAUAUCAAGAGAUAGUUUGAUGUACGUGAUAUCUGUAAUAUCAUUGGUUGUCAUUAUCCGAAACAAUGUUGUUGUAUGGUCGGAAUCAGUUUUCUUAAUAGGGAUGUUUACUAUUUAUAUCACAAUAAUGUAUUAUAAUACCAAAUGUGAAAGUUGGUGUACAGAACAGAUGGAUAGCUUUAAAAAAUGGUGGAGAAACGAAUGUGUCUGUAGUCCUGAAAUUAAGCUGAGUCAACCAUCAUUGAAUGGAGACUGUCAAUGUGGAAGAAAAAUCUAUUUAACUAGAAGACGAAGAAGCUUCAAAGUUUCAGAUAAAAAAUUAAAAAAUAAAAAUGAAAAUUUAACGGACGAUGAUAAAAUGAUAAAAUCAACAGACAAGAUUAAUGGGGAAACGGUAAAUUCAGAAGAAUCUGAAGUCUUUGGAGGAAUUGCAUGGAUACUGUGGAGAGUAAUGCUAUCACCUGUUAAUUUGCUUCUGACAAUAACAAUACCUGACAUACAAAAACCCGGAAAUAAUAAUUUUUCUAUAACAUUUUUAAUGUCUGUACUUUGGAUCGGAAUUAUAUCUUAUUUAUGCUCUUGGAUGGUAACCAUUAUUGGCCAUACUUUUGAAUUACCCGAUUCUGUUUCCGGAAUUACCAUAUUAGCAGCUGGAAUUAGUGUACCAGAAAUAAUAGCCAGUGUUAUCGUAGUUAGAAAUGGUAUGGCAAAUAUGGCUAUCUGUAAUUUGAUCGGGAGUAAUAUUUUCGACGUAUUAUUUUGCUUAGGAGUUCCUUGGUUGUUGAAAACUACGAUAUUUUCCAAGACGGGAAUAUUAGUUAUCAACAGUUCUGCGUUGACAUAUACAACUAUAACAUUAUUAUCUACAGUUGUUUUGUUGUUUUUGACUUUUAUCGUUGCCGGAUGGAAACUAAAUUGGAAAGUUGGUCUUUCGUGUCUAGGAUUAUACAUAAUAUUCCUUGUGAUAGCUUGUAUGUGCGAAUUAAAUAUGUUUGGACAAAUGAAUCCACCUCCAUGUGCUAUUUAAAUUUAAAUAUUGUACAUAAACACGUAAAUAUUUACAUUUUCAAUUUUAUUAAUUAAAUUAUAAAAUAAAAAUUGAUAAUAAUUAUUGAAUAUACCUACCUUUAUCGUAUGCAUUUAAAUGUGCAUUUUUUUUAUGCCAAUUAAUGAUAAAUCUUGAUUUAAAAA